AUGCUUUUCACACGUUCAAAGGCCUUGACCUUCGGCACAGUCAUGAUGGGUUUCCUCAACGCAGGAUCAGCCUUUGUCAUGACAGCCUGGGAGAACCCCGACUGCACUGGGACUGCCAGAUCAAUCAAUGUAUGGGACAACUCGUGCAAAGAGUUCGGAACCGGGUUUGCUGCGUUCACGCUGGACGUUUACGGUGGCUCGGAUCAAAAGGCCUAUAUCUCGAGAGCGUCAGGGUGUAAUAUCGCCGAGGCUGAUAUGUCGGGUUACGUGGAUGGCGAGGCGAAGGGGUUUCAGCUCGGGGUCUGCAAUUCAGAGGGUGUCGGCUAG